AUGGAUCUGGGUCGUAGGGUUGGAGAAAAAGGUUGGGGUUUUGGGUUUUCUGGGUUUUCUAGGAGGAACCAUCAACACCAACCAAUGCCUUACUUGAUCUGCAAAAACUCUCUCUCUCUUCUCCCGACUCUCCUAAGGAAUCAGCCCCACUGGCCACAUGGGAAGCAUUGGAGAUUGAGCUGGCUUCAUUUAAAAAAAAAAUUCGAAGCAAGGGUGGCUGCAUCUAAAAAGGACAGGGAAGCACUGGAAAUUGAGCUGGCCAAAUCUAAAAAAGAAACAGCUUUUAAGGAUGGACAAUUGGAAUAUAUGAUGGAUCUGUAUAUGAAGCAGUCUGUGGGAGAGAAACAAUAUUCAACCAUUGGAGAGGAGACUGACUCUGUAUCAGAGGAGAUUGACUUGCUGGAAUUUCUGGGUGUCUCAAAUGAUACAGAGGUGGGUGUCUUGGAUGGAGAGCUGGCUGACUCUCUUACUGACUCAGAUGAUGAGCAGAAUGAGUAG